AAAAAUAAUAUGUCAGUGAUGAGAGAGCAACAAUGAGAAAUCAAGAGGAAUUUGUACUUACAGAAGGGAGAUCAUGGUGUAUCUCCAGUUGGCUGCCGUCCUGGUGUCCCACUUCACUCUCCCAUCUUAUAAAAUCAGAAGACAGAAUCCUGAAACCCAUCAAAGUGAAGUUUACUCAAGGAUAUGUUCCCAUUUCUAAUGGCAACUACAUUUGGACUCUGGGCUUUAACGAAGUAGAGUGCUCAUCUGACCUCUCAAUCACUGGGGUUCAACAACUUAAGGUCCCAUUAGUGCUACUACAUGGUUUUGGGGGUGGAGUGGGUCUCUGGGUGAAAAACCUAUCUGCCUUUGCAGGGGAAGGAAGGCCUGUGUACGCACUGGACAUGCUGGGUUUUGGACGCAGCAGUCGACCAACCUUUGGUAGGGAUGCCAAGGAUGCAGAGGAGCAGUUUGUACAAUCCCUGGAGGACUGGAGAAAGGCAGAAGGGUUGGAACAUAUGAUUCUCCUGGGCCAUGAUCUUGGAGGAUAUGUGUCUACUGCCUAUGCCCUGAAAUAUCCUCAUAGAUUGAAGCACUUGGUGUUGGUGGAGCCAUGGGGUUUUGCAGCAAGACCAAAUGUUCAGGAGCGUUGGAUUCCCAUUUGGAUUAAAGCCUUUGGGGCAGCAAUGAAUCCAUUCAACCCUCUUGGUCCACUUAGGCUGGCAGGCCCACUGGGUCCUUUGUUGCUGCAGCUUUUGCGAUCAGAUUUUAAGCAGAAAUAUGCUUCUGUAUUUGCCGACGACACUGUGGCUGAUUACAUAUACCAUGUGAAUGCACAAACGGCCAGUGGUGAGACAGCAUUUAAAAACAUGACAAUCCCAUACGGAUGGCCUCAGCACCCCAUGAUGGACCAAGUGGAGAAGAUCAGUCCUUCUCUUCCCAUGACUUUCAUCUACGGAUCACGUUCCAGCAUUGAAGGCCAAUCAGGAAAAGCCAUUCAAGAAAUGAGACCAAACUCGCAAACAAAAAUCAUAGUCAUCCAGGGUGCAGGUCACUACGUAUUUGCAGACCAAUCAGAAGACUUCAACCAGGCUGUGCUCAAGAUAUGCAAUAAUGAAUGCUGAGAGGAGAGAAAACAUGAGUCAGGUCUGAGUUAAAGGAGAAUCAGAUGAAGGCGUGAAGGGGGAGAUAGAUGCCCAAGAGUUACUAUAUAAGAGGAAAAGGAGGCAGAAAAUAUGAAGGAAAGAGGAAACAUUUCAUGAUCAUUUAUAGCUUUCUACAAAUGUGCAUUUAAAAAUUAAUACAUACAUACAUAACAUUGUACUCAUGAACUACAUUUUUAAAACAUCUGCUAUAUGAAAUCAACAAAAAGUGAUUUUCUUUUAUUAUUAUUAUUAUUUUGGAAAAUCUUCAGUACUUCUAAUUAAUUCAUUAUUCAAGCACAAGUAUGCACAUUGUAAAAAUAAAUAAAUCAUAGCAGAAAAGCUCUACGCCUCUCUGGUUGAACACCGCUGGGUGGCAGUAAGCAACAGUAGUGGCCUUUGAUAUGUUUGACCAAUAUAAUCAAUUAACUCUCUUGGUUUUAGCUUUAGCAAAAGUCUUCUUUUAACAAAUAAUAUCAGUCUGUCUUCUUGUUUAUGCAGGUUUGCAUAUUUGUGCAAUGUGAUUUCCUUUUCUUUUAAGUGACUGAAUCCAUGAGCAAAAUCCAACAUUAUGUGAAAAUAUGCUUCCACUUUCUAAGAGCUUACAACAGAGGCAGAUAUGUUAUAAUCACCACUGCCGUUAUGGCAAAUUCCCUGUUUGGAUUCCAAUAAGGAAUAAAUUAAUCAAUCAAUCAAUCAAUAAAAUAACAAAUAAAUAAGUCCAACGUUUAGAUAUCAAACAUAUUUAUACUCUCUUUUUGUUAAAGCUGAAUACCACAAACAAAAAUCAUCAGCCUCAAUAACACUUACAAGGCACUUUGCCUAUAAUCCCUUUUAAGAAAAAAUAUCACAAAAAACAAUUUCCUAAUGUGUAUUUCACACAUUAAUAAAGACAAUUAAACAGUCAGUAAUAAAACAAGAAAAAAAAAAAAAAAAAAAAA